GCAGGUCAGCCUGUGGUCUUGUCUAGAAGUAAACGGCGGUGCCCCAUUCUUGAUGGUUUCUAGGAGGGACUGGGGAAGUUUCUCCUCUAGCGCUAACGCUUGUCAUCCCUCGCAUGUUAGUCUGGAACAAAGCUUGCGAAGGAGAGGCGCUUGAGUUCAGUGAAAAGUGAUAUAUUGGACGAUUGAUCGAUUGGAAUGCCGAGGGAGGGAUGGACGACAGGGUUGGUUGGUAGGCUUUGCCGCCCAUUUUCUUGCAUCACCAGCAUCGAUAACAUUAUCUUGAUUCCACAAACUGAUGGACCGCCUUGAUGCAGCCAGCGAGUGCAAUGCCUGUGUUCCCCUCGUUUUCCUCCCUGCAAUAAACAAACCGGACCCCCCUUGCGUCGAACAAGUUCGAGGGUCAAACCUGUCCGGGCCUCUCCGCUCUCACCGCAUUAUCUCUGUCCUAAAGUCGAGCCAUAGAUAUAUCAUAUCAUAUCGUCCUUUUUUUUCCCUCUUAUUUGUCUUGUUCAUAAUUUUGCACCUUCUAAGCAAUGCCAUUGGCACAUCAUUUGUCAGAUUUCCCGGGCUGAGUCGUGCUUCUCGGCGAAGACUCGCAAAAAGCAAAGGGAAGCCUCGUUUGCGAUCGUCGGGGGCCCUCCUCUCCUCCCGAGUUGAUACAUCACAACCGCGUCAGGGACGUUUCCAAUAAUUGGCUAGACCACGAGAUAGUUCCAGCAAUAU